ACUUUCAGUGAACACACCACUGAAAGAUUUUUACUCCAACAGGGAAGCUGACAGCAGAAGAAAGUGUAUCUUGGAAACACACACAGGGUGUACUUUGGAAGUUUUUGUUUUGUCAAAGUGCUCUCAGAGACAGUUUCUGAGGACAUAUUUCAGAGGAACCAAAAACCAAACUAUUUUAUCACCACUGACCUGCUCGAGUGGUUGAAGACAAGAUGAGUUCUGUGUGUUUGCAUGUACUGGGCUUCAUUCUCAGCUCCCUGGGCUGGAUUGGUAUUCUGAUUGCCACUGGUACCAAGGAGUGGGUUCAGACCUGCUCAAUACGGGCCACUGAUUGUCAACACUUUCGCGAACUUAAGCUGCGGGGGCUAUGGACUGAAUGUUAUCGAUCAUCUGAAGCCUACCACUGCAAGACUAUAUCCGACAUCCUCAAAAUGCCAGCCUACCUGCAGACAAGCCGAGCCCUGAUGAUCACAGCCUCCAUCCUGGGACUGCCUGCGAUUCUCCUUGUUCUCAUGGCAUUACCGUGUAUGCACCUUGGAACCGAAUCCCACUCUUCCAAACACAAGCGGUCACUGCUGGGUGCCAUCCUCCUCAUUCUGCUGGCAAUCUGUUCUGCAGUGGCCACCAUCUGGUUUCCAGUGGGAGUCCACAAGGUAGAGCACCUCUACAAUUUUGGGUAUUCACUCUUCGUGGGCUGGAUCGGCACAUUGCUCUGCUUGUUUGGAGGGGCAGUGAUUGCCUGCUGCACUGGUCCUUCUCCAGAGGUCCAGGAAAACCGGUAUUAUUACGCUUCACAAGGAUCCUCAUCCAUGAUAAACCCAACACACGCCAAGAGUGCACAUGUCUAAGGAACAUGGCCUGGAAGAGCCCCAACAGAUCUUGUGUCAAGUGACUGGUAAUACUUUGUGGCAAAAGCCAAUCUUAAAACACACUCUCUUCUGAUUGAACGGAGAACAGAGACUGAAGUUAUACUUCACGUUGGACAGAUAAAUCAAUCCUCAUUUAUGAUUUUUGUUGUUGAUCUUUGCCUGAUCACAUUCAAAAAUGAAAGUCAUUAGCUCCUGUUUCAAUGAGAAAUAAUGCUCGGGGGUGGGUGGGGGGCUCAGGUUAUGGCUUUGAGACAGGAAAUAAUUUCUGUUUAGUUACUGAUCUAAGCUGGACUCACAAGUAAAGCAAGCCAGUGGCUCAAACUUGGUGAUGUUCCCUUUCAAUCCCCAUCACAAUCAGCACUCAUCUUCAAAGCUAAAUUAAACCUGGAAAUCCUCCAAUAAUCUUCCUGCAGCAUCAGCUCCCUGGGAACGACAUGCCCUGUAAUUCUAUUUUAUGCCAGCUAAUUUACAAAUGGUUUUUAAUUACAGUGGAGCAUCAUAACAGACCAAACAAACAAUGAGGAACUAUGGGCCCGUGAGGAGAAGAGGCUGUAGUUGGAGAACUGAACCCCCACCCACUGGGGGGCUCAAUUUCAAACCUUAAUAAACACUUCCUUUGAUGUUAGGAGCAAGAAACAAAGUCAAUUAGAAUAUUUAUCCAAAGGGGAAUCAAGUUCCUGGUACGAGCAGUGGAGUGAACGAUGUUAAUUAAGACAACGGAAGUGGUGGCUGACUGAUUUAGUGAAUGGGAGACAAUUAAGGCUGGAGAAUUAAGGUAACCCUGGGCAUGAUCAGCUCAAUGGAAGCGCUUUCAACGAGGAGGCUUGUAUUAUCCCACCACUCCAAAGGUGCAGGGAGUAAGGUCAAGUUUCCCUCCAUUAUCCCUGGAUAUCCUGGAGAGUGGAGGUUGCAAAGAAAGUGAGAUGGGUGGAUAAUCACAUGGAAUUGGGAACUGUUGAAGAGGUGAUGAUUUUGGCGGGAGUUAAGAUGAUUGGGAAGAUUUUUUUCAUUCCCUCAGGCAUAACUGGUGAAGCCAGCAUUGGUGGGCCAUCCUGUUCUUAAGAUGGGACUGAGCUACCACCUUGAAGCACAGCAGCCCAUGUUGUGGAGGUACUCCGACAGGGCUACAGGGGAGCAAGUUGCAGGAUUUUGAUACAGCAACAAUGAACAAACACAUUAUUUUUUCCAGUUAAAAUGGUGUGUGACUCUGAAGGUUUCCUGGAGUAGAGUGUCUGCAAGUGGUGAGAAAACAGAGAGGUGUUGGGCAAAUGACUGGGGGUGGGAGAUGGAGAUGAAUUGGCAGUGAGAAGGGGUGGCAGCAAGCAGUAACAAUGCAAAGUUAGAGAAGACGCCCAGCCAGAGAUAGAUGACACAGGACCCUCCAGCUGUGGCUCCAAUGUGCUCAGCCCUUUAUUGUUGAAACAAGGCUCUGGUUAAAACCCUGCAUCUGUGUUCUCUUGGGCUUAGUGAGUGAAAUAGAAUUUUGGACAGGCAGCAUCAUAUAAAUGUUUAUCCACCGCAGAAGAAUAAUGAACAAUUUCUGCCUGCUAUCUCAGCUCGGUCCUGAAAUUGGAUCUCCAAACACAAAACCAUGAGCACAUACAGAGUUUAGGAUGUGGCUUCCAUUUCAGUUAAUGCAUUGAUUUUCCUUUAGGCUUAUAGAAAUCCUUUCUUGUAAGACAUGUUUUUGUUGUAUGUACUUGUUUGAAAAUGCAUCAAAUAUGGACAUAUUUAAAUUGGUAGACAAUUGGGCAAUCCACCUGAUGAGAUAUCACAACAAAAUCCUGCUUCAGGUUUCUGUAGCUACAGUAUUGGUUGGCUUUGCAAAUGUCUUCCUUUCGUGGUGCGUGGGCAUCACUGAUAAGUUCCUUCAACUGCUGACCAAUUCAGAGGGAGGUUAAGAAUCAACCACUAGAACCACACAUGCAUCAGACUGGGUAAGGAUGGGUGAUUCCCUUCACCAAAGGAUAUUAGUAAAUCAGAUGUAUUUUUUUAAUUAUUGACAAAAAUUGAGUAGCUUCAUGGUCAUCAUUUCUCAUUCUAAUUUUUAGACACCAGCUUAAUUUAAUUAAUUGAAUCUUCUCUCCAGCUAUGUAAGGAAUAAAAGGAGUCGGCCUUUCAGCCCCUCAUACCUGUUCCAACAUUCUGUGAGACUGUGGCUGGUUUUUAAACCUCAGCUUCACUUCUCUGUACUGACCCCAUAUCCAUUAUUUUUCUUGACAUCCAGAAAUCUAUUGAUUUCUGUCUUCAAUAUAUUCAUUCACAGUCAUCUUGGAUAGAGUAUACCAAGGAUUCACCACACUUUGGAUGAAGAAUUCUUGUUCUCACCCAAGUCCUGAAUGGCUGGCAUAAUAUUUUGGGACACAAAUCCUUGGUUCUAGACACCUUAGUCAUCUUCCCUUGUCCAGCACUGUGAGAAUUUUGAAAGCUUCAAUUAAGUCACUGCUCAAUCUUCUAAACUCUUUUGAUUGUAGACUUGAUCUCUCCUCCUGGAAAAAUUAUCCUAUCCCAUGAAUCAAUCUGGUAAACUUUGAUGCACUACCUCGAUACUCCCAUGGGUAAGAAGCACACGGUAUUCCAGGUGCAAUCACAUAACUACAGUAAGUUCCUUUAUUUCUGUAACUCUAUCCUCCUACAAUAAAGGCCAACAUGCCAUUUGUAUUCCUGGUAGCCUGCCAUGCAUCCAUACUAAAUGAAUUUUGUAAUGGAUUAAAUAGUCAAUGAUUUGUGUGCAAAGAUACCCAGGUUCCAAUGAAUACCAAUAGCUUUCAAUGUCUCACCAUAUAAAAAAUACUCCACCUUUCUAUGUUCUCUACCGAAGUUGAUGACCUCGCAUUUUUCCACAUUACAUUCGAUCUGCUCUGUCCUUACCCGUUCAGUUCACCCAUCCCCUUGAAGACUUUCUGCACCUUCCUCACAAUCCACACUGCUAUCCGGCUGAGUGUCAUCAGCAAAUGUAGAUAUACUGGUGCUCAGCACCAGUCACUGUUACACCCCACUGGUCACAGCUCACAACCCAAAAAUGAUCUGCUUAUUCCCAUUCUCUGUUUGCUACCCAUGAACCAAUCCUUAAUCUACACCAAUAUUUUAUCCUCAAUUCCAUGCACUCUAAUAGUUUUCCUGGAAACAAUCAGCAGGUCAGGUACCAUCUUUGGAGAGAGAGAAACAGUCAAUGAUCUUCCAACUAGAACAGGACUUUGCAUUACUUGUCCAUUAGCAAAUCACUAGAUUACUUUUUUUCAUUAUUUAUUCAGAAUCGAUAUGCCACUACUUUUGGAUUUUCUUUCAUCAGCACAUGGAUUCAAUGGGCCAAAUGGCCUCUUUCUGUGCUGUAACAAUUCUAUGACUGUCUGAAAUUGGAUUGCUGUUGUCAGUGAAGUAACAGAACGAAGAGGAUGUCUGUUCUAUUUCCAUGAUCUGAAGGUUGCAUUGUGCUCAGUGUCAAUAACAUCUCUCUCCGACUGUCGCGGAACAUUUCAAUAUAUCUUUUCAGCAUGAGUGGAAGGUGAGAUUACUCUUCAUAUCUGGCACAUUUUCACAUUUUAUAACAGCCAAAGUAGACUUAAUAAUUGUUAGAUGGGCAUCAGCUGAAGUAUUUGCCUGGAAAUUGGAUGUCGCCCCUUUUUUGGUGAGCUAGACAUGUGCAGCUUACAGUACUGAUGCCCAGUCCGUGCACUUGGCUAAAAAUACAUCAGAGAUAGAGUGAUGGUGGUUCAUCCCAGAACCAUGCUCCAGAAUGAAACCUGGGCAGUUCUCAACAGGACCUGCAUGAAAAGUUUGUGCUGUGCUGAUCACUGGCAAUAACACACCUCAUGGGAACUCACUGUGUAGCUGCAUUAAGGGCUGCCAUGGUGGUGAGGCCAAACAGGGAAGUGGCUGCAUGAGGAUCUCCUACUCAUGUUGUGGAAUCCUCCCAUGUAAUUGUCUGUCCUGAUCGAGUCCCACACUACGAGUGGUCCUAGAUCAUAGUGAGGUUCUGGAUUAGCAGUGAGGCAGUAAGUAGCUCUGAGGUGCACAGAGUAAAAGAUAAGCUGAAAGUUUAUUGUAAUUGUUGAAUAAAGGUCAUAGGUUGGACCUGAACGCUCCAAUUUAUCCCAGCAAGGGAGGAGGUGCAUGGUGCGUGACUUGUGACAUCAUCAGAUCCAUUACUGACACCCAGCUACGUUGUGGUGAAUGGUGAAUGCAAGUUCCCAGGCCAGUCAGUCAAAGGGCCCAAUUACACCCAGAAACACUAGUGCAGUGUAAGCAGGACAAAGUCACUUUUGUACACAAACGGCACAUGAAAAAAUGGAAGCUGAUUGAUCCAGUUUCUAGGUUUGUGAACAAUUCUGAGCCCCAUUAAUUAAGAUCAAGAUGCUUUAAAAUAAAGGUUGGCCCCAGAUGAAGGAGGCCUAGGGAUGGGAGUUUAAUUAUUUACGAAGCAACAGUUGGUUGUGAUAGACUAAAAUAGUGCUGGAAAACAUUGAAAACUGAUGCAUCACUGGGGUAGAAAGCAUUGCAAUGGCAAUGUUACUGUUAACAAAAGAGACCGAUAGAGCUUGCAAUGUGCAGCACUGCUUGAGGGGCAAGGUAACUAAAGAUCUAACGUGCAUUUUGAUGAAUGUAAAAUAGUUAAACAAUAUUUCCAUGUAUAAUAUGCUCACUGGAUCUAUGAUUAUGUAAUAAAGGAAAUAUAAAUCUGCUCGUCAAUU